AUGCACUUCUCUACCUUUGCCAUCACUCUCAUCACCCUCUUCCACUCCAGUGGCGCCGUGCCCACUGCAGUUGAACUUGACGAUGAAACUUUUUAUAACAUGAACCUACCUGAAUUCACUCCUGAUGGCCUCAAGGUCGUCGACCUACGAAAUAAGAAUGGCUUGGACAAGCGAGGAGUUUGCGGCAGCCUCCCCGGGGUCGCCAACGGCGAGUGUGUGCGAUACUACAGCAGCACUGGAUGCGCCGAUCGCGACCACAUUCAGGGCUAUAAGCCAACUUGUGCUGGCAACUGCUACGUUGAUAAAUUUUAUUCGGUCAAGACCAUUGGCGACGGUACCUACUCUACAAACUGUGACCUCUAUUCCGAUACGUCGUGUCAGAACAAGAUUGCUAGUGUCGGUGGCAAGACAGGCGGUGGGCAUUGCGCGAAUGCUAACGGCUGGAGCAUGAAAUGCUACUAUCGAUGCUGA